GGACAAAAAGUGUUAUUGUCAGUGCACUAGAGAACGCUGUGAGAGCAUCAAGUUCCGAUAACGAUAAGUCAUAUUUGACGUUUUAUUGAGUGUUAGUUUGGGAGUAUUUGGAGGGACGCAAGAUGGCGUUCAGGUCGACAGUGGGUGUUGUCUUUCUGGCAUGUUUAGUAGUAUUAGCGUCAUCAGCAGUACCAAAGAACUCAAAGCGGAAGCCGGCGAACGCGCCGGCGCGGGUUGCGGAGGAUGCUGAGAGAGAUGCGGAGAUCACAAACUCUUGUCCCGAAGAUGGAUACUUCGCGGACGCCGAACAGUGCGACAAAUACUAUGAGUGCAGAAAUGGUGAAAUAAUCGAGAAGCUGUGCCCCGAUGGUAUGGUGUUCAAUGACUACGACUCCAACGACGAGAAGUGCGACUUACCGUUCAACAUCGACUGCUCACAGAGACCUAAACUUCAGACACCAAUCCCGUCCCUCCACUGCGUCCGCCAGAACGGCUACUUCUCUCACGAGGAGCCUCACGAAUGUGGCAAGUUCUACUACUGCGUGGACGGCAAGUUCAACAUGAUCACGUGCCCCAGCGGGCUCGUGUACAACGACAAGAGCGGCAUCUGCACCUGGCCUGAUGAGGCUAAGAAGAAGGGAUGUGGUGCUGCUGAUGUGUUCCAAUUCGACUGCCCCGCUGUGAACGAGACCUUCGGUCUGACCCACCCCCGUUACGCCGAUCCUGAUGAUUGUCAGUUCUUCUUCGUGUGUAUUAAUGGUAACACGCCCCGCCGGUCGGGCUGCAAGCUGGGACAGGCCUUCGAUGACGUCAACAAGAAAUGCGAAUGGGCGAGAAAAGUGCCUGAAUGCGCUGAAUGGUACAAGGGUCAGCUGACGGACGCCGAGUUGGACGCGCUAGAGAACCCUCCCACCCCCAAACCCAAGCCCGCCGGCUCGCCAUCCCGCCGCAAGCCCAAUCGCCCCGGCAAAGGAAAACAAGUGGUUGUCGAGGACGAGGAGUAGUGAUUAGUGAUAGUUUUAGCGUAAUAAAUGAUAAGUUUCUAAAGUA